UUGAAAGCUGCCCGGGCCUGCGGUCGUGUGCGACGGCGCAAUUCGUUGGCAUCAGACGCCGGCUUACGCCAUCGACGUGCAAGAUUUCCAGCAGCGACCAGCGAUGGCCAGCCUCCCUGCCGACAUAACAAAGCACGCGCUGUCGUUCCUCGUUGCCGCGGAGAUCCCCAGGGGGGCAGCCCUCUGCAAAGCGUGGGCGGCUGCGGCGCGCGCGCCAGAUCUAUGGCUCGCACUGUGCGAGGCGCGCUGGCCUUCCACCGCGUGCGGUGCGCUCCGCCAGGCGGUGCUGCGGCGCGGGCCGCGCGAGUACUACCGGCAGCACGCGGCCGCCCUGCGCGGCGCCACACCACGGCCUCUCCUCGAUCUCGACGAUCACCUGAUUCAGCUGGAGCUGUCGCAGAACGGGCGCGCGAUCUGUUCUGUGGCGCGGGAGGCGCGCGACGUGAUGACGCGGAAUUGCCCUCAUAAUAGCCUCGACACGGGGGGCCUCCGGGCUGGCUUAAUCUUUGAGAACCUGCGUGCGAGAGUAGACACGUCGACCGACAAUUCGUUUCCUCCGUUUCGUGCGCCGGUGUCGGUUAGCUACGUCGUGAUCCGCAAGAGCGACGGGCGCGUCGCGACCCUCGUGCCAGCUGACACGUUGGACAUGUGGUGCGGCAGUACCUUUGGGAUGGAUGACCACAAGGGUAAAUUCGCGGCCUAUCCCUCGCUCCGCGGGUCCCUGCCGGCGAUGUGCGAGCAGCAAACCGCGCUCGGCAAACCUCACUUGCAUACGAUUCGUCACAACCCCGCUAUGCCGAAGGACCUUACGGCCGACUACCUGCUCAAUCGGCUGGGCCGAGAUUAUGCCCAUGAAGUGACGGCGGAAGUGCAAAUCGGCUUAGACGCCGAGUUCCCGCGAGACGGCGUACCCUGGACCCACUCGCCGGACGCUUCGGUGGUCGUCGGUCCGGGCUACGUCGAGGUUCGUCGGAUUCUCUGUACCUUCACCGGCUGGCUCAAGGACUACGCCGGCGAGGACGACUAUGAGGACGACUAUGUCGACCAUCACAACGUCGGCUUCGACGACCUCCACAGCGCUCUCACGACGCGCCUGGUCUUUCGAUAG